AGAACGCGCGGGUGAUGUUUAUGCCUUACUAAUCAAAUGUCUAAAGUAAAAUAAUUCUGAAAAGAAAAAAAAUUCUAAAAUAAAUAGUGAUAAAUCAGUUUCCCGCUUCUUUGAAUCGCCGAGUCACUUUCUGUUAAAGAGUUUGGGCAAUGGCGAAUGAUAUAGCAGCAGCUGAAAUUCGAGGUGAGGUGCUGAAUAACUCAGUACAUACAGGUGUUGGUGGGGUUUGUAUGAUGAGCAAUACAUGGAGAGAGGAGCAACACUCAUCUUUCAUAAAUUUCAUCUCUACCUUCCUAAGAGCAAAUUCUUUCCGUCUUAACUUUGUUGCGAUUGCUCCUGAUUUCAUUUUCAAUUGUGGCGGUUCGUCUGUGGCCUUCAUUUUUGUCACCAAGUGGGAUGAAAAUAAUGUCUCAACAAUCUUUGGCAGAAUUCAAAAGUUGAGGAUGCAGUUUGGACACCUCUAUAUUGUCGUCACCCUUACUACCAACGACCAAAAUGACUCUUUUGUUCGUUCCUACUUUAAAUUUCAAAUGGAGCUUGGCAAGCCAACAUUUAUACCAGUUCGAGAUAUAGAGAUGGGGUUUGAGAAGAUUGUAAAGAUAGCUCACUCCUUUGGAGUAUGCAAGCGACAAGAUGCCAAAACAAAAUUGAAAUCUGAGAGAAAACAAACAGUGCAAGGAAUGGACUAUUUCCUGAAAGUGGUUACAUCCAUCCCGGGAAUUGACAGUCAUGACGCAAAUGCGCUUAAUCAGGCUAUUGGUUCGAUUGAAGAUAUUGCCAAGCAAUCCAAGGAGUAUAUUCUGGAAAACACUGAUCUAUCGGCUGAAAAGGCAGAUGUGAUUUUUAAGUUUUUCAGGGAUCCAAAGUUCUACCUGGGCCCAAAGAUCAACUGAUAAAAGAAACUUUAUGUAAAUUUUCAUUGAUUGUCACAUUUUCUUGGAUAAAUGAUACUCAGACUAAUUGGAUUAGGCAUUUCCGUCUUUAAAUAUAUAUUGUACUCGCUUUCA